CAGCUGAGACGUUUACUCCACGGUGUCUUGAACGAGGCAAGUGGAGCCUUCUAUCAUCCAUUAAAUUUGUACUUGACUCAUCUCGUUUUAGCAUUGUUCGUUGCUUCACAGACCCACCCUCCUUUCUUCACUCUUUUCGAGCCCUUCGGCGUUCUCUUCUCCAUCUCUUCUGACACCAUAAUCUUUACGCCACUGUAGAUGCGGAAUCUUGCUCCAGGUUUUCACCAACGCAAACCAUCUGUUCGAUGAAAUGCCUGAACGAUGAUGUUGUUUAUCGCCUCCACAACUCCGUAUCAUUUGAUUUCCCCUGUCGUCCCCAUUCUUGGGUUGGGAACUAAGUUCAAGAUUAGUCCACGCGUUUCGUUCAUUUUGGUGAAAAAGGACCGAGUUUUCGGGUAUAAAAAGUUUAAAGAAACUAUAACAAGAAGUGGGUUCUCGUGUGAAGGGUAUUCGGUUAAUGAAGCAGAAUUGGCUUUGGAGAGAGAGAUUUUGAUGUUCAUGAAGAAUUCGAGUAACCCAAAUGAGUUUCCGACUAAGAAACAACUAUUGGAUGCUGGGAGAAGUGAUUUAGUGGAUGCGAUUUCUAAAACAGGUGGGUGGCUGGCAUUGGGUUGGGAUUAUUCAGAUGAUGAAAAUGAUUUCGAGAGCAAUUAUUUCGAUGAUAAUAGGGAGUUACAAACAAGGGUUGAGACUCUUCAACAAAUACAAGAUGUAUAUGACAAUUCUUCGGGUUUUCAGAGUUCAUCUCAUCAAUAUGCUUCACCCUCUGGUAGAUCACUUGAAAUGGAAGCAGAUGAAGAUACAGGGGUGGAAGGCAUUUUGAGUAGAUUGAAGAAACAUAGAAGUUUAUCAUUUGAUGUUCAUAUGGAGAAAAGCAUAAACGAUACAUAUUCUUCUAGCAAAGACAAUGGCAAUAUCUCUCCAAGAAAGCACUUCUCAGACUUUCAAGCUGCAGAGAUUGAUUAUGGAAAAGAUUACACAAAAGAAAAAACACCCAACAUCCAACCUGAUUUACAACUUGAAGAUAGAAAUAAGAAAGCAAGCCCAGAUCAUAUAAGAUCUAGACUCAAGCAAAUGCAACUUGAGCUUUCCUCUGCCCUUCAUUCAUUGAAGUCAAAAAGUCAGACACUUACCCCAAAGGUUUAUGAAAACAGUUCCAGUGAGUUGCAGCAGCUUUCUGAUGCAUGGGAAUUCCAAGAAACUGAGCUUAUGAAAGCUGAAGAUAAGUUGAGAUCAAUACGAGCUAAACUAGCUGUGUUUGAAGGAAAGAUAGCACUCUCAGUAAUUGAUACACAGAAGUUAGUGGAGGAGAAGCAAAGAAGAAUCAACAGUGCCCGUAAAACUUUGCAGCUUCUUCGCACCACUUCUAUAUUCUGGACUCAUUCGGCUUCAGAAGUUCUGUUGGUUGGAUCAUUUGAUGGUUGGACCUCUCAGAUAAAGAUGGAGAAAACAGUAACAGGCAUUUUCUCCACUUCCCUGAAGUUGUAUCCUGGAAAAUACGAGAUAAAAUUUAUUGUUGAUGGGAUUUGGAGAGUUGAUCCGAUGCUCCCAAUAGUUCACAAUAAUGGGUAUGAAAACAACAUGCUUAUUGUCCAUUAACGAUCUUCAUAGCUUCUUUAUCUACAAAAUCUUGGUGACAAUUAGAAGAUUGUGUACAGUUUUUUACUUUUUUAACCCACAU